UUUUUGUAUUAUCUUUCAUGAAUAUAAAGCAGCAAUAAUUUAAGUGCAAUAAUAGUAGUCUUACUUAGAAACUACAACUCUGAACAUUACUGCUUCUUCAUUUUGUAGUUUAGAAAGGAAAAAUAAAACUAACCAAGUGUUAUAAAAAGUAUUUAGCACCAGAUGAUAAACCUCCAAACAUGAAAAAGAAUAUCUUCGUCCAGAAAUUGGCUGUUGGAUUAAGACAGAUGUUCUCAAACAAUGAUGAGGCUGUGAUCAACAAAAAGCUUCCCAAAGAGUUGCUUCUUCGAAUAUUCUCCUUUCUGGAUGUGGUCACACUCUGCCGCUGUGCGCAGGUUUCCAGGGCAUGGAAUGUCCUAGCUUUGGAUGGUAGCAAUUGGCAACGCAUUGACCUGUUUGAUUUCCAAAGGGACAUUGAGGGGCGUGUAGUAGAGAAUAUUUCUAAAAGAUGUGGAGGAUUCCUUCGAAAGCUGAGUCUACGUGGAUGCCUAGGUGUGGGAGACAACGCAUUGAGGAUAUUUGCACAAAACUGCAGAAAUAUUGAAGUGUUGAAUCUAAAUGGCUGCACCAAGAUUACAGAUGCUACAUGCACUAGCCUUAGUAAAUUUUGCUCAAAGUUACGGCAUCUUGAUCUAGCUUCCUGCACAUCAAUAACCAACCUGUCACUGAAAGCACUGAGUGAGGGGUGCCCUCUACUAGAGCAACUCAAUAUCUCGUGGUGUGACCAAGUGACAAAAGAUGGCAUCCAAAAUUUGGUGAGAGGCUGUGGUGGACUCAAAGCUCUGUUUCUUAAAGGCUGUACACAGCUGGAAGAUGAAGCUCUUAAAUACAUUGGUGCAAACUGUCCCGAAUUAGUGACUCUGAAUUUGCAAACAUGCUUGCAAAUAACAGAUGAUGGCCUCAUUACAAUAUGUAGAGGAUGCCACAAAUUGCAAUCUCUAUGUGCUUCCGGCUGUUCCAACAUCACUGAUGCCAUCUUGAAUGCAUUAGGGCAAAAUUGUCCAAAACUUAGGAUAUUGGAGGUAGCUCGUUGUUCCCAACUUACAGAUGUGGGCUUUACAACUCUGGCUCGGGUAAGCAUUUGA